GAAAGACCAAAAAAUAAAGGCACCCAAAAAGUUGGAAUUUAUUCCCAACCCACCUCAAAACCAAAUCUAAACACCUCCAAAAAGGAACAAUAAUAAUCAACCAUCAAUCAUCUCUGAAUGAGGGCUAGGAAUCUUCUCCUUCUUUUUCCCUCUCAUGGCAUGCUUUCAAGGGAAGCAUUGCAUCCCCAAAACCACACUAGGUGUCGUCGCUGUCGAAGCUAUCAUUUUCAAUGAUUACUGUUCACCACUCUUUACACGCACUGUUUUCUACAAAAGGAAUGGUCUUUUCCAUUUGAUUCACCUUUCAAAAUCCCCAAUGGAAUCCUUUUCUUCUUCUUUCUUUCUCUUCCUUUUUUUGCUUGCCUUUCCUAACGUGAUUGCGUUCACAGGGACGUAUGGAGUAAAUUAUGGCAGGAUAGCAGACGAUCUCCCAAAACCUGGGACUGUAGUGUUGCUUCUCAAAGCAAACAAGAUUAAGAACAUCAGAAUCUAUGAUGCUGAUCAUGAAGUUCUCAAAGCCUUUAAAGGGUCUGGAAUUGAAAUAGUGGUUGGCCUUGGGAAUGAGUAUUUGAAGGACAUUAGUGUGAGCAAGGAUCAUGCGAUGGAUUGGGUGAAAGAAAAUGUGCAGGCAUUCCUCCCUGGAACUCGCAUUCGUGGAAUCGCUGUGGGAAAUGAGAUCUUGGGCAGCACUGAUCAAGAACUCUGGGAGGUCUUGUUGCCCGCGGUGAAAAAUGUCUAUGAUGCCCUUGACGGGCUUGACCUGACUAAGGUAGUCGAGGUUUCAUCACCCCAUUCUGAGGCUGUAUUUGCCAAUUCCUACCCUCCAUCAGCAUGCACCUUCAAGGACACGAUUCUUCCAUACAUGAAACCGCUUCUGCAGUUCUUCUCACAUAUUGGUUCUCCUUUCUAUAUAAAUGCUUACCCAUUUCUCGCCUACAUGAGUGAUCCCGAGCAUAUUGACAUCAACUAUGCUCUUUUCCAAAAGAAUGCUGGGAUCUAUGAUGCGAAGACUAAAUUGCGUUAUGACAACAUGUUUGAUGCACAGGUUGAUGCGGCUUAUGCUGCUUUGGAAAAGGCGGGGUUUGAGAAGACACAGGUUAUUGUUUCAGAAACCGGUUGGGCUUCUCGUGGGGAUGAAAAUGAAGCAGGGGCCUCAUUAAGAAAUGCAAGGACUUACAACUAUAAUUUGCGUAAGAGGCUAUUGAAGAAAAAGGGGACGCCUUAUAGGCCAAAGAUUGCUGUGCGGGGAUAUGUUUUCGCCUUGUUUAAUGAGAAUUUGAAGCCCGGACCAACCUCUGAGAGAAAUUUUGGACUGUUUAAACCUGAUGGGAGCAUUGCUUAUGAUAUUGGGUUUGAUGGGCUUGAACCUUCUUCAGCAUCAUCAUCUCUUCUCUCCUUAAAGGACAUUGGAUUUAUAGGUUGGUUCAGGUCAGCGAACUCACUAGUUUACACGACUUCUGCAUUGGUUCUGCUUCUGAUUUUGAUGCAAUGACCGAUUGAAACACUCCAAUCUCUCAUUCCCUCAUCGCAUUUGAUGUUACCUAAUUUCUCGAGGCAUUUGACCUUCUUCACUAUGUACAAAUUGUUGCAUUGUUACUUCUUAUUUGAUUCAUUGUAUUUUCUUGUACUUAACAAACUGACACUCUUGUAAUGCUUGAUGGCUGAAAAUUCUUGAUUAUCUUUUUGAAUAUAAUUCAGAAUUUUUUAUGCAAUCUUCUUUGGAGGAAACCUUGUAUGUCACUUAAAAUUGGGUUUCACAUGGCUCGUCCAAAUAUAUAAUGACCAAUUUUUUCACUCUUCUUGGUCGAGAGCUCUGCGAAGUUAUAAAAAAUGGUGUUUCUU